CGCAAAUUGUCCCAUCGCCACACACAAAACAACAACAAGCAACAAGCAACAACGCCCACCACCCCCACCAACUUCGACACACCACAACACAACAAGACAACACCACAGCACCAUGUCGGGCACGAUGACACGGCGAGAGGCCAUGAUGGCCGACUGGGAUCUGCGCGGUGCUCCCCGCAAACGCCAGCGCGAGCGAACAAAGGACAUCAUCAAGUAUGGCGCCAUUGGGGACUUUUUCGUGAGGGCGGUGGAGAGCCGGCCAGGGAGCUUGGCGUUGAUUGUGAAAGUGGCAAAGAAGAAGAAGAAGAACUUCCUAAUUGAACCACUGCCAGACUGGAGUGCAUUCGUGUUGGCCGGCCACCCGACGCAUUUUGCAUCCUUGCAGGACCUGCUCAACAACUUUGCCAUGCGCGCCACUGCACCGAUACCUGUCCGGCUCACCAGCAUUUCGCCGUACGCGGGCGCCAAGCCACGCAAGAGUGCCGCCACGCUCAGCCAGGCGGUUCCCGGUUAUGGCCGCAGGCCGCCCGUACGCUCGCCCAACGGUGCCUCAUAUGGGCAGCAGCUGCAGGCUCUCGAACAGCUCGCCGCCCAGGGCACCCCCGAGGCCCAGCAGGCCGCAGAGGCCCAGUUUGAGCUGCUUCGCAAGCGAUACGCCGUGCAGCAGGCGCGCGUCGAGGCCCUGGAGGUUGCCAUCAGCCACGUGCGGAGCGGCGGUGACCCGGGUUCGCUGCAACACGUCAUGUCGCACGUGGGCGGCAAUGUUCCCGCCAAUUCUCGCGGCGGCGUGCCCAUUGCCCAGCCAGGCGACUCCAUCUCGGGGGUCCUCAACAUGCGUGGCCAGAUUGAGCCGUAUCCACGCAACAGACACCACCAGCAGCAACAGCGGCUGUCUGCGGUGCCUGAAUCGCCACAAGAGCGCCAGCAGCCCACACGCGGGCCGGCCCGCGGCAGUUUCGUCACCCCGCUCUCGCGCGGUGGGCGGGCGCGUGGGUCGCGGCCAAACGCGCUGGAGGACAUUUUGUCUGAUCCGCAGGCGAUCAAGGAGUCUGCAAUCCUUCAGCAGGAGUUGGAGCUGAUGCGGGCAAAGAAGGAGCAGAUGAAGCUUGAACUGAAGCUCAUUGAGCGAAAGCGGCGUGCACGCCUGAAGAAGAAGCGUGGCGGGGGCCUCACCACCAGCACGAGCGAGGAUGAUGACACGACCGAGGGCGGGUACAGCAACCACCCGGAUGAUGACGAGUAUGACGAGGACGACGACAACAACAACGACGACCUGGCUGAGCUGGAUGCCCUGCAGGAAGAAGGGUCCACCAUUGUUCUCGGCGGCCUCAUCUCAGAUGCAGAGGCCGUGGAGGAGGCGCAGCGGCUGAACAAACACAUCCGCGAGCUCAAGCGUCGGCUGCUCGUGCUCUCACGCAAGCAGGCCGCCCUGGACAAGAAGAAGCGCGGACAGCUGUUCCGGCGGCCGGGGAAGAAGGAGGCGAGAGAGAUGCAGCGGCAGUAUGACGAAAUCAACCGCGAACGCAAGCAGCUCGAAGAGGAGAUGAAGAAGCUCUUGGAGGAGCGACACCAGUUCAACAUGCUCGCCCUGCAGAAGGAGAUGGACGUCCAGCGAACGGCCAUGGAGAAGCAGCGUCGGCUCAUGGAGGAGGAGCGCCUCAAACACAUGGAGGAACGCGAGCAGCUGCUGGCCAAGCUGGACGAAGAACGCCUCAAGUGGAAGGAGGAGCAACUCAAGUCCCCACCGGUGUCAGAGACAGCAAGCGCCACCGGCACAGGCAGCGGCAACGGAACACGGGGAGGGAACAACACCAGCACCGCCACCAGCAACAGCAACAGCAAUGGUAACGCUCGCUUCCAGCCCGCGCGCGGAGUGGAUGUGCCACGCGCGGACACGGGCGGGUUCACAGCCAACAGCAACACCCCCGACUGGCUCUCCGUCUUGCGCAAUCGCAAGGCAGGUGUGUCCACGAACUCUGGCGAUGACCAGACCACGUCCAGUGACAGGUUCAGCGGCGCCAACAGCAACAACGACGUGAGGAGCAACCCCAACGCAAGCGUGGGUGCGCUUGCCUCGAAAUUCAGCUCGCAGCCUGUCAACUCGUCCUCCUCUGCCCACACGGCAUCAUCUUCUUCCGCUUACCGCAGCAGCAACAACAGCAACAGCAACAGCAACAGCAACUACAACAGCAGCACCACCAAUGCGUAUGGCAGCACAGCAACCACCACCACACACCACACACACACCACCACCUCAGCAACAGCAACAGCAGCCACUGGUGGCAGCAGCAGCAGCGCGAGCAGAGGCGACACAAAGAAGGAGCGAAGGGGCUCCAACGAAUCAUCAGCCUCUUCCUUGUCGUCCUCGUCGUCGUCCGCAGCAGCGUCCGACGGCAAGGGGGGUGAAGAGGUGUCUGCGGAGGCACUAGAUGUCACCAUGAUUGACCGUGACAGCGACAUGGACGAUGACGAGUGGGACCGGUACCUCGCUGCGCGCCGUGCUGCCCUGGAGAAGAAGGCCGAGGAACGCCGCAAGGCAAUUGCAGCGCGCGAGGAGCAGCUGAGGGAGGCGGAGAUGCAGCGCAUGCUGCAGUUGGAGAGGGAGCGAUACGAGCGCGAGCUUGAGGACAAGCUGACGCGCCUGCGGGAGGAAGAAGAGCGACGCAGGCAGCGAGAAACAGAGCUGCGGGAGCGGGAGGAGGCCGAACGCAAGCGUCUCGAGGCGCAACGCAAGGAACUUGAGGAGAAGGAGCGCGAACGACAGGAGAAGGAGCUUCAAUCCCGUGAGGCAGAACGCAAGCAGCGCGAGGCCGAGCUGCUGAGCGCGUUGGAGGAUGCACGCCAGCGCGAACAAGAGUUUAAGGAGUUUCUGGCGACGCAGGAGUCGCGCCGUGAACGCGAAGAGCGCGAGUGGAAGGAGCGGGUUGCCAAGGAGAAGCUCGAGCUGCAGCAGAAGAUUGAGGAGGAGACGGAGAAGAAGCGACGGGCGCAGCAGGCGAGCCUGGCGCAGUUGAAGCGGCAGCGUGAGGCGCUGUUGCAGCAGCAGCGCGCGUUUGAGGAGGCCAUGGCCAAGAUCCAGCAAGAGGCAGCGCAGUCCAAAGCAACGGCGUUCCGCGCCCUGCAGGAGGUGGAGCGGCAGCAACACAUGCUGCAGGUUGAGUCGACCGGUGGCGACUACGAGGAACUGGUGGAAGGGUUUGACUCGUUUGGCAUGGGUGAUGACGCCGACAACCUGUCGUCCUUCUCCGUGUUCUCGUCCACCCCUGUUCCCGCCGCCACCACCGGCUCGCGCACGAGUGCCGGCAGCAGCAAGCGCGGCAGCAGCAGCAGCGCCAGCGGCGGUGCAUCCCGCUCCAAGGCGCACCUGCAGGAGACGCCGCAGGAGCCGCUUCGUCUGGUCAAGUUCAAGAAACCGCAGCAGCGCGGCGGCAGUGGCAGUGGCAGUGGCGGCAGUGGCAAUGAGCAGUGCACCUUCCUUGGCAACUGCACCUGCCCCAAAUGUCGCCAGGCCUCCUAA